AUGAGCUCAGUACGGCAAACAGAAACAAAUGAUGUAUCUGAAAUCCUAUCAACACAUUAUGAUUAUGAUUUUGAAUUUAACACUAAAGAAAAUGAAUACAUCACUGAUAAUUAUAUGAACUUAAAACGAAGAAGGGCAUUGGCAGAAAUUGAUAAUGCCGAAUUUUCUUGGUUUCACAUUAGAGCUUGCAUAGUAUCAGGAGUAGGAUUUUACACUGACGCUUAUGAUUUAUUCGCAAUAAAUUUGGUAUCAUCGAUGUUGGGAUUUGUUUAUUUUAAGCCUUCUGGAUAUGUACCGCAAAAUAUUGAUAUUGGAUUAAAAAUUUCGGCUGCCUGCGGAACUUUAUUUGGUCAAUUGAUAUUUGGUUGGUUUGCAGAUAGAUAUGGUCGUAAAAAAAUGUAUGGACUUGAACUUUCCAUAAUGAUAUUCGCAACAAUUGGAUCCGCAUUGAGUGCUGAUGCUUUUGCGGUAUCAAUUUGGGGGGAAUUAAUGUUUUGGAGAUUUAUACUAGGAAUUGGUAUUGGAGGAGAUUAUCCAUUAUCUGCUGGAGCAAUGAUGGCAGCAGUAUUUGCUAUGCAAGGUUUCGGUAUUUUAACUGCCGCCAUCGUAUCCUUGGUAACAUUAGCUAUAUAUCAAGAUCAUAUAAGUAAGGAUCCAAGUUACAUCGAUCAUGUAUGGAGAUUGGUUUUAGGUUUUGGAGUGAUACCCGCGGUUAUCGCUUUAUAUUUUAGGCUAAAGGUUCCUGAAACCCCAAGAUUUACUAUGGAUGUAGAAAGAAAUGUUCAUCAAGCUGCUUAUGAUAUAAAAACCGUUCAUCCCAAACGUCGUAAACAUAACAAACGCAAAAAUCAUAAUUCAUUAAGUAAACCUGUUUUAGUUACUGAUGCACCUCGAGCAACUUGGAAAAAUUUUAAAGAAUAUUUUGGUCAAUGGAAGAAUGCUAAAAUUCUUAUUGGUACAUCGGUUUCAUGGUUUGUCUUAGAUGUAGCAUUUUAUGGAAUUGGAUUAAAUAAUUCAAUCAUUUUAAAAGCUAUUCGCUUCGCUGAUCAUGAUGAUGAUCCGUAUAAAACACUUUGGAAUAUGUCAGUAGGAAAUAUUAUAGUAACAAUGUUGGGUACAGUACCAGGUUAUUGGUUUACGGUUUUCUUAGUUGAUAAAUGGGGAAGAAAAUUCAUUCAAUUAUUAGGAUUUGGUAUUCUCACCAUUUUAUUUACUAUAUUAGGAUUCUUUUAUCAUCAAAUAUUGGACACCAGUUUGCCUUUAUUUAUUAUAAUAUUUACGUCAUGUCAAUUCUUUUUAAAUUUUGGACCUAACGCUACAACAUUUAUAAUACCUGGUGAAGUAUUUCCUACGAGAUAUAGAUCAACUGGACAUGGAAUUUCUGCUGCAAGUGGUAAAUUAGGAGCAAUUAUAGCUCAAGUUGGAUUUAUUCAAUUGAAAGAUAAUGGUGGUCCCAAUCAAUUCGUAAAUCAAAAUAUGGUGAAUAAUGAUAAUAUUGAUGUUGAUGACUGUGGUGAAUCAGGCUCUAAUUAUGUUCAUAUAAGGAAAUAUAAGAAUAAUCGUAAUUAUCUUUGGGCAUAA